CUAAUAUAUUUUGGUAAUUUUGUAAUAGAACGUGAGAAAAAAACCUUUAACACUCUGCAACUUGUUGUGCUGGCGAAUUCAACGUUUUCGGAGAAAAAUCAAUAGACGACUAUACAGAUAACGAAACAAAAUAAUGUUGCUGCAGUUAAAAGGUUCUAACAAUAUGUCUGGCAAAUUUCUUUGUUUGCUUAUGGCUUUAACAGCUGGCCAAAGUGUUUUGGCUUAUGCACCCAUUUCCAAGGAAAGUAUUUUUGCUGAUGUACUGUUGACCGAGCUGCUCAAUCGCAUGGACAAGGAUAACGAUCCUCUAAGCAAUUAUUUUGAUAUGGAUGCUGAUUUGCCUAAAGGUUUAGACAUGGUGUCACGCUCUUCCAGUCAAAAUAUACCCGAGGAUUAUGAAUAUCGCAAUGUAUUCCCUGGCGGUCCAAAUCCCUCUAUACGCGAUCAAGAAUUUUUGCAACACAGCUCGUUGUGGGGUCAUCAGUAUGUAUCGGGUGGCAUGGGCGAGGCACCCAAUCAUUUCCCCACCCUCAUUAAAACCGAUGCCAGUUUGCCAGCCUACUGUAAUCCACCCAAUCCCUGUCCCUUUGGUUAUGAAGAAGAUGAAGGCUGUAUUUCGAAAUUUGAAAAUACUGCUCUCUUCAGUCGGGAAUACCAAGCCGCCCAAGAUUGCACCUGUGACAGUGAACAUAUGUUUGAUUGCGCUGGUCAGGACACCAGUUCUGGCAAUAGUGAAAUGGCUUCGACUAUGGAAAAAUUCCUAAUGCAUCAAUUUCAAAAUGACAAUGGCAUAGACAGUUCCAAUGCUCCCGUUAAGAAGCUAUAUGGUCUUUCUGCUGCUCCGGCUGCUGUAAAUCCUUAUUUGGAAGGCGAUAAACUACCCAUUGCAGCCAAAAAAGGCAAUCAUGUUAAAGUUUAAGCUAACCAUAGAUGGGAAUUUGUUUGUCAAAAUUAUAAAUAUCGCUUUGCCCCGCUAGAAAACAAAAACGGAAGUGUUGAAAUUUUUUUUUAGUUUAAAAAUCAAUAUUGUAUAUAUGAAAUGUUUGUGUAGUUGUUUAGUAUUUCAAACAUAUUUUAUGUAUAUUCAAUAACUUCCCUACACUCCCCCCUUUGUUUUUCACCCAUACCAACUAUCCAAAACCAGUACUUAUACGCCCUCUCCUAGAAAAGUAUUAGCACCAAAAAAAACAUAUUAAAGGAAUAAAUGCAUACAUAUCCUAAACGAUUGUAUGUAUUGUAUAUUGUAAAUGUAUUUAUUUUAUUAUUAGAAGAAAUAUAUUUUAAUUUUAGUUGAAUUUUAAUCAAAAAA